UUGCAAAAUAGAGUUUCUCAAUAUGGACCAUAUAUUCGGGUAAUUGAUGCUAGAUGGGAUAAGCAACUUCAUAGUCCAUUACAUGCAGCAGGUUGAUUUCUUAAUCCUGGAAUCUAUUUUAGGCCUUCUUUUUCAAAACAAAAGGAGGUUACUCGAGGUUUGCUUAGCACAAUUACUAGAUCGGUCCCUGAUUGUGACACUCAAGAUGUAAUUAGUGGCCAACUUGAGGAGUAUAAGAAAGCAACUGGUGAUUUUGGCAUGCUCCUAGCUAUUCGUCAAAGAGAAAAGUUAAAUCCAGUUGCAUGGUGGGAGCAAUUUGGCAAUGAUACUCAAGAACUUCAAAAGUUUGCAAUUCGAAUUCUUAGUCAAUGUUGCGGUGCAACUGGGUGUGAAAGAAAUUGGAGUAUAUUUGAAUUCAUUCAUUCUAAAAGGCGCAAUAGGCUAGAGCACAAAAGAUUGAGUGAUUUAGUACUUGUUAAUUAUAAUUUGAGGAUUCAACAAAGGAAUUUGAGCAAAACAAGGGAUGCUUUAGAUCCCAUUAGCCUCGAUAACAUUGACCUAUUGAAUGAAUGGAUUUGUGAAGAACCUAGCCUUCUUGAUGGAGAUGAUAUAAGUUGGGAGACUAUAGAAGCACCUUGGACUACUUUGACUUUAGAGGAUGAAGAGACAUGUUUUGAUGAAGAGAAUAUUGAGCUUGGUGGAAAUGAUCAACUAUUGGAAUGUCUAGCUGAUGACUUUUCCUAUAUACCACCACAAGAUCAAGAUCCUUAUUUUUAUUACAACCCUGAAACGGCAUAUCGAAAUGCUCCGAAACUGAAACAUUUCGUUUCAAUUGAAAAAACGAAACAUCUGCUGAAACGGAAUUGA